AAAAGAAAGAAAAGUAUUCGGAAGUAAUAAUUCAUACAAUAUUUAUUAAAUAUAAAUUACAAUGCUACGAAAACCUAUACGUACAUAUCAAAGAAGAAAUAUUUCAAAUCCGUUGAUAAAAAUUAGUGACUUUGCUAAAGUGGAUUUAACAUUAAAAACUGACGAUAUUCUCAAAGAACAAUAUGGAAUUGAUAACGUUAAUGAAAAUAAAAUAAGUGAAGAUUCAUUAGAUUACGAUCCUUUUGAAACAACAUUUGAUAGAAUUGCUAAAGAUGCAGUAGUACCAGCAAUACCGCCUGAUUGUAUUGACAAUAACUCAUGGAGCGAUAGUAGUUCUGAUAUAAAUAGCGAGGAGGAAAAUAUAAAUGAAUCUUUAUUUCAUAUUUCUUUUUGUAAUUCUAAUGUUAGUGUUAGCCCAAAUAUGAAGUAUACAAAAUCUUUAAAAAUGCUACCAUACAAAAAAAAUGUAAAACCUAAAAAUAAGAAAACAUCUAUAACAGGAGCUUUAUAUAAUUCACAGCAUACAAAAGAAAUAAGAAUUGUUAAGAAAAAAAAUCAGACUAAGGCUUACAAAAGUAAAAGAAUAAAGAAAAUUCAAAAAACAAAAAAUAAGAAACAAAAUAAGUCAAAUAAUGGAGGAAUUUUAUAUUCUGUGUUUAAAAAUUCUAAUGACCAAUUAUAUGACUCAGAUAUUGUUAAUGCUGAUAUUAAUAGAAUGACUAAUAAUGAGAAUAUUAAUAAUAGUACUGUCCCUUAUAAGAAAGUGUCCCUUCAUAAAAAAAAUACUGAUUUAUUACACUGCAAUAAAUGUGAAUUAUAUAGCCCUUUAAGGAAAACUACUAACAUUUCAAAAAUUAAUGAUAAAAAGAAAAUAUGCCGAUUGACGCCUAUUAAAAAAACACAAAAGAUUAACAAUAAAAAUAAUGAAAAUUUCUCUUUAACAUCAUCAGUAUCAUAUAACAUUCUUGAUUCAAUGGACAACAAGUUUAAAAUUAAACCUUGUUCUGUAGUACUGUACAAAAAUAAUAUAGAAAAGUGUAAGUUUAUGGUUAAUGAAUCCAAAUAUAUAUUAAAAGAAUGUCAUUUAGUUUUACAUAAGAUAUCAAGUAAUUCUAUAAAUAGCAAAUACAAAUCACCUAUGAAUGACUUGAUCUGCAAAAAUUCAAACAGUAUAAGUAAGGAUUUAAAUUCUGAAAAAAAUCCAGUGAGUAGCACACCUGUCAAUAAAUGUAAAGGAAGAUCAGCAUAUUCUCCUUGCUAUUCACCAAUUGAUAUUACAAAAUCUCAUGCUAUAAGCGACAUUCCCGCAUUGCUUGAUCAGUUACAGUCAAACAAUUUGCAUAUAUUAGAUGAGACAAGUAUAAACGCUUCCACUAAUGUUGAAUCAGAUAUGAAAGAUAAAAUUUUAUAUAUAAGAGAUAGAAAAAUACGAAAAUCAACAUCAGUAGAUAAUUUGUCAAGUAGUGAAGGUAUUAAACUUGAUAUACAAGAACCAGAAAUAUUACAUUUAAGCAUUUCUAAAAAAAAUUCAAAUUUUAUCAAUAACAGGAAAACAUAUGCUACAAUAUUUAUGGAUGAUAGCAUUGAUAUAGCAUUGAAACAAAAGUACAACAAAACACAUCUGGAAGAUAAUCCAUUGUUAAAUUGUAUAAACUUUUCUAUAGAGACAAAUAGAUCGUGUUCCUUGUUUGAUGAUCAAGGAAGUAAAUUAUAUGCUUUGGAAAAUGAUAAUAGCAUGAGUGCAAUAAAAGAAAAAUCAUUUACAAAUAUGAAUGUGCAUGAAAAUAAUCCUAAUACUGAACUAAAGUUGAAACCUAUUAUUUCAGAUAUAUAUAAUACAGAAAAAAUUAUAAAAUCAGAAAUAUUAAAGAAAGAAGAACCACUUACAACAAUUACAAAGGAAAAAUCUAAUGAGGAACAUAUUGAAAAUGAAGAUACCAUUGAAGAAAGAAGUCAUGGCAAAUCAAUGGAUAAAAAUCAGUAUCAACUCAAUAUGAAUGAAACAAUUAAUUUUUUCACUCGAUUGAAACAUUCAGUAAAAGUUACUGAAAGGAAACAACCAGAUAGGAAAAGGAACUUUUACUUAAGUAAUAUUUGUGAAAAUGAAAAUGAUAUUACUCAAUAUUCAACAUGUGAAAUAUCACAAUACAAUGAGAAAGUGAAUGAGCAUAUUUUGAAUCAUCCUACGAAGAACGUAACUGAUACUUCUGUAAAUAUUAUUACACAGUGUGAUGAGCCAAAUUUAUUAAUCAAUGAGCAAAUACCUUCUUUAUCAGAAAAGUUUAUAUUUUUAAAGCCAGGCAAGUCUUGGACACGUUCUUUAUCCAUUCUACAUAACUUUCAGAAUGGAUUAAAUCUAAAUAGAACAUCUACUGAGAAAGGUAAAAGAUGGAGACAUAGUGUUAAGGAUAUAUUAGAUAUGCAGAAAAAAGAUGAAUGUGAUACAAAUCAGUUUAUCAAUUUAAAAAGAUUUGUUAGAAGAACUUCUAUUCGUGUUGUAUGCGAUAAUAGAAUUAUCAAAAAUGCUAGUGAUACUUCAUUUCUUGAAGUAUAUGGAAUUAAAACUACUGUCAACAAUGAACAUAUAUUACCUGAAACUAGUUGUAACACUGAAUAUAGUACUCAGCAUAAUGAUAUAGAAAAUAAUUGUGCAGAAAUUUGUUCAUCAGAAACUGCGAAAGAUGUUAUUUUACAAAAAUGUUCCCAAAAACAUUAUUUACCAUUCAGAGAUUUGUUUUCAACAAAGUAUUUGAAAUUUUGUCGAAAAAUAGGAGAAGGUGUAUAUGGAGAGGUAUUUCUUUAUGAAAAGGACACACAAAAAUCUGUUCUAAAAAUUAUACCUAUAGAAGGUGUUCAAUUAGUUAAUGGAGAAUCUCAAAAGAAGUUUGAUGAAAUACUCUCAGAAAUUGUUAUUGCAAAAGAGUUACAUAAUUUAAGAUUUAACAAAAAUCAUAACACAAGUGGAUUUGUUGAAGUAAAAAGUAUUAAAUGCAUUCAAGGAAAAUAUCCUGAAAAAAUGGUAAAUUUGUGGAAGAAGUAUGAUGAAGAGAAAACAUCUGAUAAUGAUUGCCCAUCAAUUUUUGAUGAAAAGCAACUUUAUAUUUCUCUUGAACUUGGUCAUGGUGGUCAGGAUCUUGAAUCUUUUGAAUUUCAUACAGCUGUAGAAGCAUAUGCAUUGUUUAUACAGGCUACAUUAGCAUUAGCAGUCGCUGAAAGAUCACUUAAGUUUGAACAUAGAGACUUGCAUUGGGGGAAUAUCUUGAUUUCUCAUACAGAUGAACAAUAUAUAUACUAUAAACUUGAUAAUAAAGAUAUUUCAGUUUCAAGUAAUGGUAUAAAAGUAUGUGUCAUAGAUUUCACUCUUUCAAGAAUGUCAUAUCAAGGAUGUUGCAUAUUCAAUGAUUUAGCCUUAGAUCCUGCAUUAUUUACUGCUCAAGGCGAAUAUCAAUUUGAGAUUUAUCGUCUUAUGAAAGAUAAAGUACAAAAUAAUUGGCAAGAAUUUGAACCAUACACAAAUAUUUUAUGGUUGCAUUAUGUCCUGGAUAAAAUGUUAACAAUGGUUAGAUAUAAAAAGAAAAAUUUAAAAAAACAUAAAAAUGCUUUAAUUCAGCUUUACAAUCUAAAACAUGUAAUAUUAUCCUAUCAAAGUGCAUUUGACUUCGUGAAUAAUUGUCAACAAAUUUCAAAUUUAUUAAUAAAAUGAUAAAAAAUA